UGCCGGUGCCGAGCGCCAUCCGCCGCUGCGGGGGCUGCCGCGGGGACCGCUGCCGGGGAGGUGGGGCCGAGGCGAGCACAGUGCCGCCGCUGCCUCGUGUAGGCCGCGCUAGGCCCCCGGGAGGCCUGCGGGGAGGCGGCGGAUGAUCGGGACGGGAAGAGCCGUGUCCCGCGUAGGAAUCGCCCGCCUGCUCUAAGCGUCCAAGGGAAUGCUUAGAAGAAAGUUUCUGCCUGUACUUCUGUGGUGUCCAAGCUCACCUAUUGAUGCUUCCUUUGUAACUUCACGGUAAAACAGCUUCUGAGAGUAUCAGUUUGGUUACCACAUCACUUGGAUCACUUUUAAGAAAAUGUGGACUGCCAAAAGACUGUGUAGUGCUCAAAUACUGUUGCUCCAGUUAAAAAAAGGCCAAUUGUGUAGUUGCAUGUUUCCCAAAACUCAGCAGUUCUGGAUUGGAAUUACAAACUGUUGCACUAUAAGAGUGCCACAUAACAGAGUUAAAUUCCAGGUUUCCAAGGUAAAUCAUAAACAAUCAGAAGUUGAUAGAAGAAUGGCUACUAGUGCAGAGGAAACCAAAAUAGCUGUUGGAAAAAGUCCCAGUGGAGUAUGUGAUGGAAGACAACAUUCAUUAGAAGCCCAAAUGAAACAUAUCAACCUGUCCUUUGCGGCUUGUGGCUUUCUGGGCAUUUACCACUUGGGGGCAGCAGCUGCUUUUCACAGGCAUGGUAAGAAGUUACUGAGAGAUGUGAAAGCUUUUGCAGGAGCUUCUGCGGGAUCUCUGGCUGCCGCUGUCUUGUUAGCAGUGCCAGAAAAUAUAGAGAAAUGUAAGCACUUUGCCUAUGGAUUUGCAGAGGAAGUCAGAAGAUUGAACUUUGGUGCUGUAACACCUGGUUAUGAUUUUAUGAAAACACUUAGGGAGGGCAUAGAAUCUAUUCUUCCUUCUGAUGUUCAUGAGAUAGCUGAGAACCGGCUCUAUGUGUCGGUCACUAACUCAAAGAGUGGGGAAAAUCACUUGGUUUCAAAUUUUGCGUCCAGGGACGACCUCAUUCAGGUCCUGCUAGCAAGUAGUUUUAUACCAGUGUAUGCAGGAAUUAAGCCAGUGGAAUUUAAAGGACAGUGGGUUGAUGGUGGCCUUACCAAUGGCCUUCCUAUCUUGCCUGUUGGAAGAACUGUGACGAUAUCUCCUUUCAGCGGUCGAUUAGAUAUCUGUCCACAAGAUAAAGGGCGCGUGGACCUGUAUGUUAAGUUAGCAAAACAAGAUAUGAUGCUGUCUCUGGCCAACCUAGUAAGACUUAAUCAAGCUUUGUUCCCACCAGACCACGAGAAAAUGGAAUCAUUGUACCAAAAUGGCUUUGACGAUGCUGUACGCUUUUUAUUGAAAGAAAACUGGUUUGAGUAGACAGCUCAGAGAAAAAGUAGCAAAACAUGAUGGCUGCCAAAACACAGCUACAGGCAUCCUAGAGAAUCUCAGGGAUUGCUACCCCAGUUCAUGUUCAUGAAAGUAAAAGUCCCAAUGGACUUGCAUCUGCUGCUGCUGAGAAAGUAUCAGUUGCACUUCACAGAGCUGUAUAAACAUGUCAGAACGGGAGCUGGACGUGCCUGGUGGAUGUCUUGUUUUGAGGAGGUUCCGCUUGGAUUCAGUUUGCUUCAGCUGGGGACUUGAGUGUGGGAUUUGUAAAAAGCUUGUGUUGUCAUAAUUACAGAAAUUUGGAAAAGUCUUUUUCAGUGUUAUUUUAGAGGAGAAUUGGUGUUAUAGCAUGAAAAAUUAAAAUCUGUAUUAUUGACUCAACAUAAUUCUGCAUAUUAGUUCUGUGUAUUACUUGGAUGCUCAUAGUGUUACUGAUCUAAAAUGUAACUUGCACUGUUCUAAAGGACUUGAAAGUUAAAUACUAGCCACAAGAAAAUAAAACAUUUGCACUCCUAUGUAUUUUUUCCACAUUAAAAGUUCUUUUUUCGGUGAAUGUUUUCUUUUAAAAUUUUAAAUACUACGUGAAUUUUUUAGAAGAAAUGUGAUAUAAAAAUAACUGUAAGGAAGGGUGUAAAAAUUGUUAUAUUUAUUACAUUUUCUUCUUUUGCCAAAAUUGAAUAAAUAUAUUUUCCUGAA